AUGCGCGUCGCCGUAAUCGGCGCCAACCUUCUUGGUUCUUCCUCGGCUUUCUACAUUCGCAAAGCCCUUGAAGCUAACCGCACUGGUCCCUCAAUUGCUGGGUCCGAGGAACAAUCAACAACGGGUCUCACGAGUACCGAAGUCGGCACAGACGCUUCCGAUCCGGACUCCACACAUGAAAUCGUUGUCUUCGACCGUUUGUCUCGACCGGGAGGAUUUAAGUAUCAGACAUUGCAGCUAGAAGAUGUGUCUGUCCCAGCUGGCACCGCGGCUGAUAUGGAUGUCGCCGCUUCACCGGCACUCGUCUCCCUCAUGAACGAUGCAGGCAUCGACCCUCCGUUGCGGAAAUCAAUGCGCGAUUGGUCCAUUUUUGACUGGGAGAAGGACGACUACAAUAUAGGACAGGUUCACUCUGCCCUGUGCACGAUUGUCCGAGAGAGCCUGUUCUUGUCUGCUUUGUUGCAGAUUUUUGCGCUGCUCUCUGCGGCACACUUUUUCCAGCUGUUUCAGGGGAACGGCUUUCUUCUCUCAUUCGUCGCCUUGAAAAGACGACGACGACACUUCUUAUGGCUGCGUUUUUUCUGGUUUCUCGUGACCCUGUUUUUUGCCGGGGGUGUUGUCCCCAUUGGAUGGCUCAUGCGUCUGUACGAUUCAGUGUUUUUCCGCUCUUGGGUUCAAGUAAUAGGGGGUAUGAUUUACGGGGGUCAUUCCACCUCGGCACUAGCCACGGUCGUCAAACAUAUCCAACAUCACAUUCAAGUCAUAUUGGAGCGUGAUGCUGCUUCGAGUUGUGUCACACUGGGCCAUCUGCUCUCUGCCUGCGGUACGGGAAAGUACGCAAAGGUUUCAGUAACAGAGUUUUUUGCAAAGUUUCAUAUUCAGCAGUCCCUUUUAGAUGAUUGUGUCAGUCCAGGACUCGCUCAGACCUACGGCAAUUCCGCAUGCACUGCCGGUCCCCAUACGAAUGCACUAGCAGGUCUCUUCAACGCUCUUGUGCGCAGCCCUAUACCGACAAGUUUUCGCGCGAAAGCAACGUAUUUUGACUCGGAGCAGACAAAUGCUCUGUGCCCGCAGGUGCUAAAAGCUGCCGGUGCAGAGCUCAGGCUUGGCAUCGAUGUCAGGUCUGUGCAGAAAUCUGGAGAAGCGCAAUAUGAGUUGAGUGGAACGGAUGCAAAUGAACGGCACAAGCUUGUCUCGUUAGGCAAGUUUGACGCGGUCGCACUGGCUGCCAUUAUUGAUCCGGAGGUUUUCAAGACAGAUGCAACAGAUUAUGCCUUGGACCAAGUAUUGGCCCUUGAUCCAGCUUUAUCGGGGCUGCUUGCAGGUGACGUGCGAGUGCUGAACGUGGCGCGAUAUAUCUCUCUAAUCAAGGGAGAAGUGAAACCCCAAUUUUUCAACAAGUCACGAGCUUCUUCGAUCGCCUCUCAUGUGACAGUACUCAAGUCUCCCAACUGUUCAGAUGUGAAAAGAGUAGCAGAUGGCGUAUAUCGCGUUGCGUCAUGGGAAAAGCCGGAACACGGAUCGUCUCUGCUGUCUACCGUAUUUCAGGGCGCCACUGACAUUGUGUCAAUAGAAAGACGACCAAGACGGUAUCAUCCGGCGCCGAUUCGAAAUCUUGACGGGGUUGGGGCACCAAGUUUCAUUUUGGGGACAAGGUUCAUGAAUGCCGCAUGCGUUGACAGAAUAGCGAAUGAUCCAAAUCUUGACAUCUUGUCCGCACGGAACACGGCGUCGUUCUUCAGAGACGGGGUUGCCAAUUGGAAGUGAUAGUAGCAGCGCUAUGGGCUGCUUUUCACCUUUAGCGUAGGCCACAAAUUGGCGUAAUGGUGCGUUCAUUACCCACGCCACUGGUCUUUAGGAAAGCAACUACACAUGGCACAUGUAUAAGUACACAUUCCGUAAACGUCACAUGCUUUCGUA